CCUGUCUCAGGUAACAAUCUUACCUUUACGAGAAGCAGGACUACGAUUACCAGAAUGCAUUGGGAUUGGAGUUACAUGGUCAGCUUAACAAUUACGCACUUCAAUUGAAUUUAAAGUUUCUCCAAAUAACCGUAGUACUGUACAUCUCUUUACCAAACUUGUUACGGCUGUUUUCAGAGACCCCCGAUUAACACUAGGCUUGGACUUCCUAAAUGUUACUUUAGGUUAGGAAGUCCAAAACUAGUGCCAGUUUAUCUGGUUCUGUGAAACCAGUCGUCAAAGUACAAAAAAGCUGGUGACGUGCCAUAUUUAGUCAGGAGGACAAUGAAAUGACCAAGUCUGGCCUGUGUAAUUGCAUAUUUGUCAUUUUACACUUCCACAAUUACAUAUAGGACUUGAUUUAUAUCAGAGGGGGGGGUUGUGGUUUCAGUAAUCGCUGCUGCCCAACGAUUGGUUUUAACAAGUUAGUGAUACCCAGAUUUGUUUUCCAUCUAUACCGCUUCCAGGAACGCAUUCGUUGGCUGUGGUUUAAGCCCAGGACAGUGCGCAUGGUUUGCUGAAGUCUGUUGCCAGCAGCACUCCAGUCCUCCCCCCUUCCUAUUGUGAGUCCAGUUGCUGCAUGUUUCCCAACCUCCAAACAAGAGAAAAGCAUUCUCUAUCUGACAGAAAAUACCGACAGAGUGAAACAAUUAACCGAGUCUAGGAAACUGAAUCCGAGGGCUACUUUACCUACAACAGUUGCUUUGUCUUUCUUUUGGUGACUAAUAAUGUGGAGAAAAAAGACGCUGUUCCUUGAUUCUGUGGGGUGCCUCUUAAUUUUGUCGCUUGCUUUUUGCGAAACGCACCAGUUCUUGUCACAGAGACAUGCGUCUCAGUUCCUGACGAGAAGGCGAAGAGCCAACUCUUUAUUUGAAGAACAUAGGAAAGGGAAUCUGGAGAGGGAGUGUAUCGAGGAGCUGUGCAACAAGGAAGAAGCCAGGGAAGUCUUUGAGAACGACUCUGAGACAGAUUACUUCUAUCCUAAGUAUGUUGCUUGUCUCGGCUCAUACCGCGUGGGAAUAUUAAACAGCCCCCUGCCGCCGAGUUCAGAGGCUCCGGCUACCCUGAGAGCCUGUGUUAAGGAGAUCAGCAACCAGUGUUCUCCCCUCCCUUGCCACAGAGAAGGUUAUGAGAAAUGCGUGGAUGGGAAAGGCAGGUAUGACUGCAUCUGCAAACCUGGAUGGCGUGGAGAAAGAUGUGAAGAAGAUAUAAAUGAAUGCGAAGACCCAGAAGCGCUUGCAUCAUGUAACCAGAAAUGCUAUAAUGAUCUUGGGGGCUUCCGCUGCCUCUGUGAGGAUGGCUACUACCUGCUAACUGACAAGCAGACCUGCACAGAUUUCAAUGAAUGUGCGAUGUACCCCUCCAUCUGUGGCUCUGCCAGCUGUAUCAACACACCUGGAAAGUACGAGUGUGCCUGUGCUGGGGAAGGGUACAGGUACAACUUCACAUCACAGACCUGCGAGGACAUUAAUGAAUGUGAGGAGAACAUCUGUGAGGAGAGCUGUGUCAACAGCCGUGGAAGCUAUUCCUGCUAUUGCAAUGGGACGAGAGGCAUGAAGCUGGCAAAAGACAUGAAGUCCUGUGAGCCCAUUCCUAUAUGCAUUCCUCUGAAAACAACAAGGAACUCUGAGAUGCUGUACCUGGGAGAGCAGUUUGCGGCCUUGCCUGUGGUUUAUCUGCGCUUCAGGUUGCCCAAAGUAACCAAAUUUGCAGCAGAAUUUGAUUUUCGGACAUUCGACCCAGAGGGUGUCAUACUGUAUGCUGAGUCUCCCCAGAACUCCUCCUGGUUCUUGGUGGGUCUCAGGGAUGGGAAGAUUGAGAUCCAAUAUAAGAAUGAGCAUUCAAUGAAGGUCACCAGUGGCGGGAAAGCCAUUAAUAAUGGCCAAUGGCAUUGUGUCUCCGUGGAGGAGCUGGAGAAAAGCAUCAGUGUUAAAAUAGCCAAAGAAGCUGUGAUGAGCAUUAGCAGACCUGAGAGUCUGUUCCGUCCCAUUGAUGGAAUCCUGGAGACCAGGCUUUACAUUGCAGGGUUACCGCGCCCGGUGGACAGCCUUGUUAAAUCGAUUAACCCGCGUCUGGAUGGUUGUAUUCGUGCCUGGAACCUGAUGAACCAGGGGGCUUCUGGAGUGAAGGGAGUCAUUCAAGAGAAGGAAAGCAAGCAUUGCUUAGUGGAAGUGGAGAGGGGCUCCUACUUCCCUGGUUCUGGGAUGGCCCAAUUCAGGAUAGACUACAAGAGCAUAGAUGGGAAGAAUUGGACACUGAGUUUGAAACUGAACAUUCGUCCAUCAACAAGCACAGGAGUCAUCUUUGCCUUAGCCAGUGGUGAAUUGGUGCCACUUUCUGUUGCUGUAGUGGACUCUGAUUCUCCAAACGAGCAGGAAAUAGCUGUGUUUAUUGAGAAUGUGAAAGUAGCUCGGCUGAAGUCUGAUAGACUUUGUUACCCAGGACACCUGGAAGUGGAGCUUGAGGUGUCGAGCAGCGAGGUCCAGAUUAAAGCAAGCUCCUUCAGAGCGGUGCACUACAUAGAGCCCCCAAAAAUGGAGAAGCAGCUCUCCAUUCUGGGCACAGCUAUGGAAGGACAGGUGGACACUUAUGUGGGUGGGAUUCCAGAUGUUCCUGUUACUGCCACACCAGUGUCAGCAUUUUAUAAUGGCUGCAUUGAGAUAGAGGUCAAUGGUAAACGGCUGGAUUUCGAUGAAGCCGUCGUCAAACACAAUGACAUCAAAUCCCAUUCCUGCCCACCAUUCUAAAGGCAUUUGGUUUGGGGCUCAGCCCCACCCCCUUUUUUUUUUUUUUUUUUUUUUUACUUACUGUGGUUCAGCUUAGCUUGUUACUCUUAACUGAUAAGUGUAUACAUUGGUUCCCAAUGGAAUGUACUGGUUUCUAUUGUAUAAUACCUAAUACAGGGUACCACAAUAUUAAUGGAUGUCAAAGUAACUUAUAUUUUAAAUGGUCAUACUUAUUUUGUUUUUUUAUUGAGAGAAGCUUUGUGAAAGUGCAUCUGAAAUCACUGUUCAAACACUAGGAUAGUACACAUACAUUAAAAAACAACAAUUUGAUAUGUUAUCUUGAUACCUUAUGCAUUGCUCAGUGUUUUAUUAACUGUAUAGACAGGUUUGUAAUUAGUGUAUUGUUAAAGGAAAGUGUUAUCAAUUAAAACUUGUGUUAUAAAUGUAAGAUCGCAUACUGUAUCAUUUUAUGAUACAGUAUAACAGCUUAUAUUUAAUAUUUUCGCCCCCUACCGCUUGAGUGAAUAAGAACCGAAUGUAUUGAACUACAGUAAUUCUGCAUUGACAUUUAAACUCUACCUACAAUCUGUUUGAAACCUUUUUGUUGGGGAGAAUUAAGACCAUGGAAUAACUUCCAGUGCAGAGAAGGGCAGUGAGUUUUAAAUGAGCAGGAGCAUAUAAACAUAGACAACUUAGUUAUAUUUACAACUUCCUGGCAGAUUGGAAUUGUCCAGUGUGUUGAGUGCUGUUUCAAAACUUAAU